AUGUUCUACUUGAACCCAGAUUGCACGAAGUUAGCGAAAUGUACUCAUUUGCAAACAAAUUUGGUUUUUCCGAAGACUCACCUGGAACCAACCCGAAUCACUCGUUUAGGAUGUUUCCAAGCAACUGAAUGUGCUGCGAUGGGCCACCUCUCUCCACUGAUGGUGGACUACAAUGAGGAUAACAUCCAUGGAGCAGCAUUUUGGCUGCUACACGUGUUCCAUGAUUGUCCGUGGACUUGGAGUGCUUGGCUGACCCCUUGCCCCCUGCGCGCGCGCGAGUCUGUGUGUCUUGACUGGGUUCGGUUUGCCUUUAUCGCAUAUCCAAAGGCUGUGCCGGGAUUCGAACCCCUGAUAUCUGGCAUGCGAGGCGAGCGUGUAACCACUACUCUCACAAUAGACAACUUUACCCCUUUGCAAAUCCAUUUGGUUUCCACGAAAGACUCAAUUGAAUCUCUCGUUUAUGAUAUUCUACAACUGAAUGUGCUGCACAAAGGCCUCCUCAUGAUUCAGUUGGCACGAUAUUCGAGAUAUCGCAGUCGUCAACCAGAGUCACGAGAGUGCCAGCGGAAGGAACGACCACAGCCUUGUUGUUGUCCGCUUGCUGUUGAGGAGCUUGACACUUCGCUGAGCCGACGUCGAUUGUCCGCACCGUCUAGUGAGCGUAGCAACCACUCAUGUGCUGACGCGCCCACGUAUACACAAACGGACCCACAUAUAGGGAAAUCGAAUACAGUCAGCACACUCAGAAUCGCGCGCGCGCAGGGAGCACGAAGUCAACUUCUCCACGAGUCCACGGACAAUUAUGGAACACGUGUAGCAGUCGCACUGCGGAGAAAAACACGUUCCCGCCAUCCGGACUUUCACCAAGGGACUCUCACCGACGAUAAAAAACUACUCACAAGGUUGCUGAAAACUCUUCGACAGCCCACGACCGGUUUUCGCCCUUCUUGGGGCUCAUCAGGUAGGCGCAGUCCCCGUGUUUCCGUCAACCUUAUGUUCUACUUGAAGCCAAAUUGGACUGUUUUCGAGAAAUACACUCAUUCGUGCAUGAUAGUUACUUGGUCUGUUACGAAUGGUCCAGUAAGACGGGGAAACAGCGGGGAUAUGCGUCAGGCCCUACAUGCCAUCGGUUGUGAUAUCGACUUUUUGGUUCACCAACCGGUGAUCAUCUCCUAUCGAGGGAUCUGCUUUCCUCAAUCCGCUAAGGCUGUUAUUGGACUGGGACUUCCUAAGGUCACAGUCAGGGACUUGUGUUUGCUUGCCAUUGUGGGCUCCCUGCGUACUUAUGACACUUUUAUGCGUGGCACAUGGAGCUGA